UUUCGUUUCACCGCAGGCAGCUCCUCCUCCUUUUCACUCCUCAAUCUAUCAGGUUUCAUACAGAGAGAAGUUUCUGGAAAAAUUGUUCAAAAAAUCUUCAUGGCAGAUGCUAUUGACCAAUUUCCGGACUUGGGGAGUGUGUAUAAAAUUUCUAGUCGCCAAGUUAAUCAAGUAAGUCCGAAUGUGGCAGACAUCACGCUAGCUUCUACACAGGACGGUGACAAGGAGAACUCAUGGGAAUCCAAAAGCAGAGUUGCUGCAAAUUCAUGGUUUCGUCAAGAUUCUACUCCUAAUGCAUGGGGACAUCCAAAUGUGAUUCAGAAACUUAGAAUGCAAAGUAGUAGUGGUUCAGAAAAGGCUACUGGCAAUGCCUGGCCAACUCAAAAUGCUGUUUCUUUGAAUUCCUGUGGAUAUGGUGGUGCAUGGAGUCAACAAGGUGAUGGAACAAGGGGAAAUAGUUGUAUAGAAUCUCCAUCUGCAGAGCAUGGGUGGAAUGGCCUUGCUCUAGCUUGUUUCACUUUGUCUAAUAGUUGUCAGGAUGGUCAAGUAAAAACUGACCACCAAGUUCGUGAUAUUUCUGAUGACAGGAAUGGAGGUAAUGAAUGUGAUUAUGAUGGCUCUGAUGUUGUUUAUGAUAGUGAUGAUCUCGAUGACUAUGAGUCUGAUUCGGAUGAAGAUGAGAAGAGUCAUGAAACACGCAAGAAGAGCAAAUGGUUCAAUGGAUUUUUUGAGAUUUUAGAGAAACUGACUGUUGAGGAGAUUAUUUCACCAGUUCACAAGUGGCACUGCCCAGCUUGUCAAGGCGGGCCAGGAGCCAUCAACUGGUAUCGAGGUGUGCAACCCCUAAUGACUCAUGCCAUGACUAAAACAACACGGAGAGCAAAGAUGCAUCGAGUGUUUGCAGAACUUUUGGUUGAGGAGAUGCGCAGGAGAGGAACUUUCAUUAAACCAGUUAAUGAUGCAUUUGGCAGAUGGGAAGGGCUGAAUAAUAGAGUUGCAGAUCAUGAAAUAGUUUGGCCUCCAAUGGUUAUCAUUAUGAAUACAAGAUAUGAACAGGAUGAAAAUGGCAAGUGGACUGGAAUGGGAAAUCAAGAGCUUCUCAAUUACUUCAGCUCAUACGCUGCAGUAAAAGCAAGACACUCAUAUGGUCCACAAGGGCACCGGGGGAUGAGUGUCUUGAUCUUUGAGAGCUCGGCAGCAGGGUAUUUAGAGGCUGCACGUCUGCAUAAACAUUUUAAAGAGCAAGGGAGAGAUAGGGAUGCUUGGGAUUGUUCUCGGGUUCCAUUCUGUCCAGGUGGGAAGCGCCAACUCUACGGUUACAUUGCCAUUAAAGAAGACUUGGAUAUAUUUAACCGACACUCUCAAGGAAAGUCCAAGCUGAAAUUUGAGAUGAAAUCAUACCAAAAGAUGGUUGAGAGCCAGAUAAAGAAGAUAAAUGAUGAUAGUCAGCAGCUUACCCGACUUAAAAAGAAGGUUGCUCAAGAACAGCAGCACUCACAAGCCCUUGCAGAGUCUCUAGGUCGAUUGAGUGAGAAGCUGCGCCAGACAACAAAGGAAAAUUAUAUUAUGAGGCAGCGAACUAGAUUGCAGCAUGAGCGGAACAGAGAAGAGUUGGGUGCCAAAGAACAAUACUUUAAGGAGAAAAUCAAUAUCAUUUACCAAGCCAUAGACUCUAAGGAAGAUAAUUUUGAGAAGCUGCAGAGGGCAGCAAGGGAGAGAGUUAAGCAGUCAAAUGCAAAUUCAACAAGUAAUGAAGUUGAGUACAGUGCUACAGAGAUGGAAGAAAAUGCGAGGUCCGUGAUAAUCGAGGAGAAAAGGAUGGAGGCAUUCGAUGCAGAGAGGGAGAAGCUGAUGAAAAGUCAUCAAGACAGUAGGUUGGAAAUCACACAGAGGUAUUGGGAGGAGCUGAUUGAGCUUGAGAAAGGAUUUGAAAAUGAAUUGACCCUGCUCAUGGAAAAAUACACCCCAGAUUGCCUUGAGGAAGUGACCACCAACAGCCUUAGCCGACUAGACAAGAGAGGAACAAGAGAUAUGAAAACAGGAUAGAUGGCAGUGAUACUAUUCCCAGAAGGCAAGAAGCAUACAUAAUUUUUUGCUUUGAGAUAAAUAUACACCAGUUUUGUACCUAAGAUACUUCAGUUUUCGACACACAGAUAAAAAGAAGAAUGGGGUCGGGGAGAACACUAAUACAUUGAAACUUCAAGUUCUUUUACAUGUCUGAGGAUGCUUUUUCUGUUUCAUCUGUUUGACAAUGACAAAUUGAACUCAAUUUUUUCUCACAUCUAUUGAUAUAAUUUUGUUGCAUAUA